AUGGAAGGCACUACUGCAGGCGAAAGCGCCGAUAUUACGAAGCGUAUUACACGAACCGUCGUGACCCGCUCUAACUAUGGCACCAGCUCAGUCUCUGGUGCUGAAGAAGCCGGCACCCUCGGCUACGGCGGAUCAUUGACUGGUGGAGUCCUAACCAGUGGCGCACUUACUACUGGUGGAGCUGGGGCUGCUGCUCUGUCUCUUGCAACUGGUGCUGCUGGUGGUGGUUUGAACAUGACGUCGGUCUAUGACACGGCG